ACCACGACCAGCAGAUAAGCACGUUCUGGGAAAAGUUCACUAAUAAUUGUAACUUUUGUGGUAGACAGGGUACGAAAUAUGGCAGAUCAAACUUCAGAUGACCGACCCCCAAUUUAUGCAGCCUGCUUGGACUGCGACGGAGCAAGAGCUCUGUUCACAAAUCUCUACGGCUGGACCAUUGAUGUCAUCAAGGAACUACAAGGAUACGAUGACCGCAACUUCUACAUCAAGAGUUCAAACGAGCCGUCGGAAAACAAUGAAUUUGUACUGAAAAUUGUCAACUCACGUGACUCGAGCAACUUUGACCUGAUGCAAGCACAAACCGACGUCCUGCUUUAUCUCUCCAGAUGUGGCAUUGUUUGCCCAACUCCAGUUAAAAAUCUCAGUGGCAAGUACUGUUGCCUGGCGGAAAUUUUGGACAAAACUGGUAAACAGCCUGCAGGUCUCAAGUUUAUGGUGAGGUUGAUGGUCUUCAUUCCAGGCAAGUUAGUCAGGGACCAUUAUCAGCCAAACACACCCGGUGUUCCUGAUAAAUGGUUCCACGCCUUGGGGAGGAGACUAGCCACUAUCAACAUGGCGUUACUUGAUUUCCAGAAUUCUUUAGCAAUAGCCAGUCUGAAAAAGCAGGCCGAUGAUUUCGUCUGGUCACCAAGUUGUUGCCUGAUGGUCAGAAAGAUUUGCUGGGCAGUUAAAGAUGAGGAGAAACGGAAGCUAGCUGAAGCCAUCUUGGGGGCAUUUGAAUCUGAUAUUGUGCCGAGGAUGGCCAAGGAACGAAAAUGUAUAAUUCACACAGACUACAAUGACAUGAACAUCAUCAGUCGCAUUGAACAAUCCCCUCCUGACGACAACACCAUCCGGCACCAGACUGACUGGCACACAGCCGGUGGAGUGGACAUCUCUGCGAGUCAAGACACUAGACUUGAGGUGGUCGGCUUGAUUGAUUUCUCGGACAUUGUUUACACUAAUCUGAUGUUUGACGUCGGUAACUCAAUGGCCUACAUGAUGAUGAGCCAAACCUUGGGGGACCCCUUGGUCUCUGGAGGACAUUUUUUAGCAGGUUACAACUCGGUGCUACCACUGACACCUACCGAGAUGAACCUCAUCCGUGUCUGUACUUGUUCCCGAUUGGUCCAGAGUCUUGUUAAUGGCCUCCACGCAUUCACCCUUGACCCCAGCAAUGAGUAUGUGCUGGACACGCAGAAGACCGGAUGGAGCGUGCUGAACCAACUGUGGCGUAAACCUAACGAAGAGUUGAUCGCAAUGUGGGGAGAGAUUGACAAGCUGUACUGUUCGCCCAUAAACAAGUUUUCAUCAUCACCAAAACCCAAUCAUCUUGAAAUCACUGCUUCACCAAACUCACCUUGCAUCAUACAGAAGCCAUUCCUCAAAUCAAAGACUGCUGUAAUGCUUCUCGAGAAACUAUACGGUUUCAGACCGAGUGAUAUAAAGAACAUCAAGGAACUGCUAAGCUAUUCCGAUCAGAACUUCUAUGUUAGAGUGAGACGCGAUGGGGAGACGGAAACUGAAAAGGAUCAGGAAUUUGUUCUGAAAUUAAUCAACUCAAAUGAUUCAAAAGAAAGAGGCUCAUUUGAGAUGCAAAUCUCAACGCUGCAGUUCUUGAGAGUCAAAGGGUUUUCUUGCGCAAGUCCAGUACAGAAUGUCAAAGGAAAAUACCUGAGCUUGGAGAAGAUAUUGAAGGCCGAUGUAGACGAAAGUGUAGGUGACGGGAAUGGUUACGGGUUAUUCCUGACCUUCCUUUUGACCUUUGUGCCAGGUCAAAUGAUGAGUAACGUUGACCCUGUGCCCGAUCAACUCCACUUCAAUGCAGGGGUCUAUCUUGCUAAAUUGGACCAAUUGUUGUUGGACUUCCCAGAUAUUCCAGAGAGCUUCAAGAGCCGAGCCAGUAAUUUAGAGUGGUCAAUAGAAUGCUUGUCAUGGAUCCGACCUUAUAUGGAUGAGAUUGAAGACCCAGAUAGGAGACAACUUGUUGAGAGCAUCCUGGAUACGUUUGAUAAGGAGGUCGUGCCCAAGAUUAAAACAUUGAGAAAAUGUAUAAUUCACAACGACUUCAACGAUUACAAUAUCCUAGUGAGGGAAAAAACACCACCGUCCGAGUUAGACAAAAACUGCACCUCCUCCUCACCAACAGCUGCCAAAAAGAUGAAGCCCCACCCCGAGUAUGACAUAUCAGGGGUCAUUGACUUCUCAGAUAUGAUAUAUACUUGUCUUCUGUUUGAAGUCUGUACUUCUUUGUCCUAUAUGAUGUUCACCAACACGUAUAAUCCCACCGCUGCCACUGCUUACUUCCUGGCAGGGUUCCAAUCAGUCAUACCUCUCACGGCAGAAGAAAUUAGUCUACUGUACCUCUGUAUGGUAGCCAGGAUGUCACAGGAGCUGGUGCUGGGGCUGCACAACUAUCGUUUACAACCGGGCAACGAGUACAUCUUGAUCACGCAAGAGAAGGGGUGGAAGUUUCUACAGGAGCUGUGGGGCGACCCUGGUGCCCGAGGUAGGGUGGAGAAAUUAUGGAAGACGAUUGCUGACACGUGCAAGGACAGACUGUAGGCUUAAACUGUGCAGUCAACACAUUGUACAGUUAAGGAUAUUUGUGAUGCGAUGAAGCUAAGUAAGUCAUUUGUCGAAAAAUACCAGUAUGGAGAAGGGGUGAAAAUUAUUAUUCAAAUAAAAUGUGCGAUAUAUUUUUAAUAAACAACUCGACUUUAAACCCCUUUUCUCAGGUUUAUUCUCUCACAAUUUCUGAACCAAGGGCGGUAUCAACAUGGGGUUUCAACAGAACACUUGAGAUUUGCUCUUUUUAAACGUAACAAAAAGUGAAAAAUUACCUGGGUCGACAAACGACUCAUUUUUUAAAUCACAUUUAUGCUAAACAACCAGCAACUUUCAUGUAUAAAAUCAAUUAUUUUUACAUUGAUUUGUCAAAAUUGUUAGAUUUUCUUUGUGUUCCAGAUUUUGGGGCUGUUCGUUACAUGAUUUUGUACUACUUAUAUGCUUGCCUUUCUGUGUAUACAUGUAUGAAUGGCGACUGGUCUAUGUUCCAACAGCCCCAAGCUCUGAAAACCUCUUGUGAUCUACAAGCUUGGCUCAGGGUUCAAAGGGUUAUAGGGUCAGGGAAAUCCAUAAGGGGUAUCGGGACACAGAUGUGUAAAUGAAACAUUCUCCCAGGUAUACUUAAUCAUUUCCUUCCAGUUCAUAGUCUCAAUUGUAUGCAGAUUUUAUGUAGAAGGUGCAGGAGAGCUAAAUUCCCAUUCUAUUUUUUUUUACGACAAUAAAUGCAAAAUUAUUGGUAGACUUGAAUAUUUUUGU